UAAACAUUUAUAAUUAGUACAGUAUAAUACUUUAAGUUUGAAUUUAAAAAUACAGUGGAUUAAAAUUUUCAAAAUGAACAGUGUACGAAAGCUAAUGCCAUUAUGCUCAAAACAAGCAUUUUCAGGGAAAAGGUUCUAUUCAAAUUCAAAAGAUUUAUCAAAAGAUGAGAACAAGAUUUUGUACGAAAAACUUUUAAAUAAAAACUAUAAUAGUGAAAAACAUACAGAAGCGAGUUCGUUUGCCAAAUGGUUAACACCUCAUUAUAAAUAUGGACCUUCGCGUAUCAUGAAUUAUGAUUGGUCCAUAAAAAAUAUGCAUUCUUGGUAUAAGCGUAAAAGAGUUGAAUUUCACAAGUACAAUCAACGUUAUAUAACAGAACGAGUAAAAUCACUUGGAAGCGACAUAGCUGCGGCACAUUUUGUUGUUUAUCGAGGCGGUGCAAUUAGAUUUCGAGGACAAGAUGACUUUAUAAGUUGGACUAAUAAAAAAGAAGAGUACUAUAUCAAUUUACCAUUAACUUACGAUCCAAAUUAUUUUGUUGAAGCUAUUGAUGGAUCUGACCUAAUGUUUUAUUAUGAAGGAUUAGAAAACUUUAAAAAUCUAUAUAAAUUGAAAUGGCUUAAAUUAAGAAAUAAUCCAGUACUGGACAAUUGGUGCUUAGAUUACAUAGGGCAUGCAAUACCUAAUUUGGAAUAUUUGGAUAUUUCUAAUUGCCCUCAAGUAACAGCUGGUGGUAUAGCAGGUCUUCAAAAGCUAACUCAACUCAAAACAUUGGUGAUAAAUAGUAAUAAUAUAGAAAUCCAAAUGGCCUGCUUUGCAUUGGAAGAUAUAAUUCCUGGGCUCUUUGUUUUAAUACAGGAAAAUAAAGAUGUUAAGUUACAAACAAUGACAGAAAAAAUAAAUUUGAAUGAAACAUAGGUAGUAAAAAUAAUUCAUAAUAGUUAUUUUUAUUGUUAAUAAUAAC